AUGGCCGAGGGGGAGGGCGCGGUGGUUGGCACGGCCCUCCCGGUCAUUCAGGACGUCUAUGACUAUGAGAAGUUGAAGCGCAUUGGGGAGGGGACUUUUGGCAUUGUAUACAAAGCACGCGAUCGCCGCACUGGCAAGAUCGUGGCCCUCAAGAGGCUGCGCCUGGAUCGAGAGCGUGAUGGCAUGCCGGUCACCAGUGUACGGGAGCUCAGGUCCCUGCAGGAGACGUCCCACCCCAACAUCGUCGCCCUGCUUGGCGUGGUCACAGGCGCCUCCCUGGACUCCGUGUUCCUCGUCUUCGAGUACUGCCCCCACGACCUGGCGCACAUCGUGGACCGCCUGGCCGUGCCCCUGGUGCUGUCGGAGAUCAAGUGCCUCCUCCACCAGCUGCUGAGCGCACUGGCGUACCUGCAUGCCAGGUGGACGAUGCACCGGGACCUGAAGCCCAGCAACCUGCUCCUGGACGAGCAUGGCCAGCUGAAGGUGUGCGACUUUGGGCUGGUCAGGCGCUGGGCGCCGAGGCCAGAGCCCCUGACCCCGGGCGUCACCACCCUGUGGUACAGGUCGCCCGAGGUACUGCUGGGCGCCAGGCAGUACGACGGCGCAGUCGACCUCUGGGCAGCGGGGUGCAUCUUCGCCGAGCUCUUGCGCAAUGCGCCGCUCUUUCCAGCACGGACAGAGCUCGCCAUGCUCGCGGCGAUGGGCGGCGUCUUGGGGUCGCCCAACACACGCAUUUGGCCCAGCGUUGGCCGACUGCCUGGCUGGACCACGCUGCAGCUCCCGGACCAGCCACACAACCAUCUCAAGCAGCGCUUUCCUGAGCUGUCCGUCUCCGGCAUCGAUCUGCUGAACAAGUUGCUGACCUACGACCCGUCGCAGCGCAUCUCUGCGCGCGCAGCCCUGCGCCACCCCUUCUUCUCCGAGCACCCCCUCCCCAAGGCCCAGGAGUUCAUGCCCACCUUCCCAUCAGGAUCGACGACGCGGAAGCCAGACUGGGGGCUGCGUUUGGUGACCUUGGUGCUGUGCAUGCCAGGCAGCCUGUACUCCGUCGGGUGGAGUGAGGAGGGGAGGGCUCAGACCCUGGCCUGGCGGAGGUGA